GGGACGCACAUCUGUUUGGAUACACUAGCACUGCUCGAAAACAAAAGCUACAAAGCAAACGGUACAGCCAAUACCUCAUAAAUAAACAGUUUUCUGCGGUAGCAGCAGCGAUAUUUGCAGUCCGCGUGUUAAUUAAAAAAAUUAAAAAUAAACAAAUUUCAAUAAAUAAAUGAACAAUUACAAGCUUAACAUUUUUUGAGAACAGCAAUAAUAGAAAAUAAAAACAACUAUUGUCAUUAGACUUAAUUGAGCGCUUUGUGAUUACACCUUCGAUUGAUCGAGCACCACACACACACACACACACACACACGCAACUACAUGCAAAUUAAAGUGCAUUUGUGUUUUCAUAUUUAUUAAGUAAAGAAAACAAGUCAGUAAAGUGUUGAUAAACAAACGUAUAUCAAAAAGCCAAAUAAACGAUACAACAAAAACAAAAAUAAAAACAAAAACAAAUUUGAAAUAAUUAAUUCUAUUACACAUAUAUUUGUGUCCACGACGAGUUCCUUUUUUCCUAACAUGGGUCCAACACGUAUUCUGACCAAAGAUGGUGGCUUCGGCACACAAAUGACAGUGCACGUUGGCAACGCAGUCGAUGGUGAUCCACUAUGGAGUGCCAGAUUCAAUGCCACAAAUCCAGCUGCUGUUAUCAACACACAUUUGGACUUUUUGCAAAAUGGUGCUGAUAUCAUUCUAACAAAUACUUAUCAGGCCAGCGUUGAGGGCUACGUCGAAUAUAUGGACUUGGAUGUGGAGCAGAGCAUAGAGUUGAUUAAGAAAACUGUGCGUUUGGCGCAUAUUGCUAAAGAUAAAUACUUGGCGGAAUGCUGUGAAGCGAAAUUGCACGUUCCUGAUGGUUUCCCUAUGAUUCUUGCCUCAAUUGGUCCAUUUGGAGCACAUUUGCAUGACGGUUCCGAAUACACUGGCGAAUAUAUUGAUCAUGUACCAAUCAAAGAGAUUACCGACUGGCAUCGUGUACGUAUUGAUGCAUGCCUAGCGGCCGGCGUUGAUGCAUUGGCCAUCGAAACUAUACCAUGCCAAGCUGAAGCUGAAGCGUUGGUUGAAAUGUUGUGUGACGAUUAUCCAGAUGUGAAAUUUUGGGUUGCGUAUCAGUGCAAGGAUGAGUGCACUCUGGCGCAUGGUGAGAGUUUCGUGGAGGCAGCACGCUCGUUGUGGGAAUUACUGAAAGAACGAAACGCACAGGGCAGAUGUUUGGCCAUAGGUGUCAAUUGCGUGCAUCCAAAGUUCGUAACGCCACUGUUCAAAAGCUUAAAUGGCAAUACACCGGACGCUGAAAAGAUUCCACUAGUUGUGUAUCCCAACAGCGGUGAGGUCUAUGAUGUGGCGAAAGGCUGGAUGGGUCGUGAACAUUGUGUGCCAUUGGCGAGUUACGUGCCCGAAUGGUCGAAAUUGGGCGCAACAAUUAUCGGCGGCUGCUGUCGCACGUAUGCGCGCGAUAUUCGUCUAAUUUCGGAAAAUAUCAUAGCACAAAAUCAAUUGAAACGAAUAAUUUAGAGCAUCCACAAGAACUGUGAUCUCAGAAUACUGAAUAGUGUUAGGUUAAAUACGUAGACAAUUGACAAUGACACACGGAUUUUAUACUUAAUGAAAAUAAAAGAACAAGUCAAUUUUUUAUUUAAA